UCAUUUUGCAGCUAGGUUUCCUCUUGGUUGCAGUGGUCAAAAGUGAGUCAGGGAAAAUAUCUUUAAUUUUCAGGCUUAGCUCAGAUUUUGAAGAUAUUACCACAGUGUGCUGUGCUCAGUACCUCUACAGGAGAAGACCAGGCUCUAAAGGUGGGCUCAGGAUCUUGAGUCCCUGUCUGUCCACCACCUGUUAUUGAAAUUAUUGAUGGAUUUCUGGCCUGUUCAAUCAAUCAGGUUGCAGUUCAUAGAGAGCUGUCGCUGUACAGCUGAGACAGAAGAAAUUGUCACCUCCCAUUCUUGUGCAUCACCAUAUGGCAUCCACAAAGAGAAAGACAGGAUGUUUAGAGGCAGAGGACACAGCCCGUCUUAAUGAUGUUAUGGAGCUUCUCAUCCACAUUGCCACGGUGAAGAAAAUCUACGCGGCUUUCAAACAUUCUAAGCGGGGAGCUGCGGUCACUGGUGCAUCUAUGGUUGUUGGUGCGGCACUGCUUGGCCCAGUUGGGUUGGCUGUAGGAGGAGCAGUGGGUGGAUUGCUUGGAUGGAUGACUUCUGAAGAUUUCAAGCCAGUUCCUCAGGUUUUAAUGGAAUUGUCUCCUGCUGAGAAGCAGAAACUCUGUGCUGAAGCCAUGGCUGUUGUCAAGAACUUUGACUGGACUGAUGCUGCUGAGCUGAUUAAAUUUGUAAUGGCAAAUUCUUUUAUCAGAGAUAAAGUAUUAGGAGUGCUGACCACUUUCCUUACCAAUGAGUUCAAAGCACAAGUAAAAUAUGGAAAAUGAUCCCCUCCAGAGCCGGUUUUUAUACUGAACAGCCUUUUACUCGCAUCUUGAAUCUUCAAUGCAACAAUUCCUAGUUAUCUGUACUAAUUAUAAAUAUAUGCUGAUCUAAGUAAUUUUGGGGUGUUCGGUUUUGGUGUUUGGGGAUUUUUAAAUUUUUAUCAUUGUUGUUACCAUUUUUGAUUCAUGUGGAUUUGUAAUCAUAGUAUUAGGUUACUGCAUUAUCCUGACACUGACCGGCUAUGAAGUUUUGGAUUGCUCUGCACUAGGACCAGUUCAAAUUGCUGAAGGGAAUCAUGCUGCUCUUAGGCUAAUGUGUCACUUGUGAAAAUUUACAAAGUCCUUUUGUUUUAUUUCAGAGACUUG